AUGGCGUACUACUCUCAGCCCCGUCAUCCAGACGCAUAUUCCGAGGAGCCGUCGCACUGCGAGCCAGAGGGAAGCCUCUGGGUGGGCAACGCGCCCUCGCCCCAGCCUAUUGACGAUUGCCAGUCCGGUCAUCAAGACGCAUUUUUGGAGGAGCCGACCCAAAACGAGCCUGAAGGAAGCCUCUGGGUGAGCAACCCGCCCUCUCCACAGCACACCGACGAGGACGGGGAGUCCAUCGAUGGAGAUGGAGAAUCUAGCGACGACGAUGAAGAGUCCAGCGACAAAGAUGAAGAAUCUAGCGACGACGAUGAGGAGUCCAGCGACAAAGAUGAGAAGUCCACUAUCGACCGCGGAAACCUUGUCGAACAGGAGAGCGCGUCACCUUCGCCCGUUCUCAAACGUCUGCCGCCUUUCAGGUCUUUUCCUAUGCUCAGACGUUCGCCCACUCUCAAGCCCCUUCCUUAUUCAGAGCUUUUUGCUUCACCCGAGACAGAGUCCGAGAGCGAGCAGCUUCGCCCAACAAUGUUCGAUCCGCGUCCCAUGCAAGGCUCUGCUGCGGCUUCUCCGCUUGGGCCUGAUGACUACCACGCCGAUGAUCAGCACUGUGCUGCGGACUACUCGGUAGACUACGAUACUGAAGAAGGUACUUCCACUGCCGCGGCGUUUGCUGCCCACGACCCAAAGCCGGCGGCUGAAUCGGGUGGUGAGAGCGAAGAGGCGAGCCACGACCACACCAGCGUUUCACAGGUCGGGACGUUGCAGCAGAGGGCAGAACUCUUGUCUCCAGUUCGAAUAGGCUGUAGCCGAACCGCAUUACACUGCCCCUCCAGCGCCAUUGAAGAAAGCUGUGAUGAUCUGCCGCGGUCCGUCUCGGCCGCCACAGCAGCCGCGGGGAAGGAUGCUUGGACGCAGACAGUUGCAGAAGAGGAGUCAAGUGUUCGCGUUGAGGAUACUGCUGCGUUUGCGCAGCAACGCAUUCAAGAGCAAGAGGAUGCAGCCGUUUGGAUGUAUGCGGCUGCUGUUCUCUCCUUCGUGGCAGUUUUUUGGAUUGUGCUUGAACACGCCCUGGAUGGCUGA